AUGAUCGAGGAACCAUCACAGCAGAUUGCCAGACCCAAAGUCACCAAUGGGAACAGACGGCCAUGGCAGGAAGUGGUGGCGGACAAGGUCGCCAUUCGCGAUGCGUUGAUUCAAUCACACUGCGAAAGCAACAAUACAGUGCAAGACGAAAAGAUUGUCUUAAUAGAUGACCUCAAGGAUCUGACGAACAGAUUGCAUGCUGGCGAGUUCACCGCUGAAGCAGUCGUCCGUGCCUACAUCAAGCGAGCUUGCCAAGCACAGGCAAAGACCAACUGUCUCACAGAGAUUUGCUUCGAUGGUGCCAUAAUACAAGCGAGGCAUCUUGACGACUAUCGAAAAGAGCACGGUAGAUUAAAAGGUCCCCUUCACGGCGUACCGAUCUCUCUUAAAGAUCAGUUCAAUAUGAAGGGGUUCGAUUCUACCCUGGGCUACGUCGGCCGUGCGUUCAGUCCGGCUAGCUCGAAUGCACUUCUCGUCGAUUUCUUGCAGGGCCUCGGCGCUAUAGUCCUUGCGAAAACAAAUCUGCCACAGAGCAUCAUGUGGGGUGAGACGAAUAACCCGCUUUGGGGUCUGACCACUCAUCCUUUGAACCCAACAUUUACCCCUGGAGGUUCCACUGGUGGAGAAGGUGCUCUAUUGGCUCUGCAUGGCUCACUGGUCGGGUGGGGUACUGACAUUGGUGGCUCCAUACGAAUUCCGAGCCACAUGAAUGGGCUCUGGGGCUUCAAACCAAGUAGCGGGCGAAUGUCGUAUCGCGGCGUUGAGGUUUCAAUCGAAGGCCAACAGCAUGUACCAUCAGCCGUUGGUCCCAUAACAAGGUCUUUAAAUUCAAUGAUUGCUGUAACAAAGCUGGUGAUCGAAGCAGAACAUUGGAAGCUGGACUCACAACUGCCUCCAAUGCCGUGGAGAAACGAUGUUUUUGAGACGCUCUCUUCCAGGCCACUCGUCAUUGGUAUUAUGCCGGAUGACGGCGUGGUCAAGCCUCUGCCACCAGUAGCUCGUGUGUUCCACGAGACAGUCGCGAAGCUGCAAGCUGCUGGUCAUGAAAUCGUGGAAUGGGACAUCUCUUUGAACAGAAGAUGUAUCGCUGUCCAAGACGAGUAUUACUCCGCAGACGGUGGUGAAGACAUUCGGACCGCCGUGUUGCAAGGUGGCGAACCGUUUGUGCCGCAGAUACAGGCCUUUGUAAAUCGUGGUCCCGCGAUCUCAGUUUACCAAUACUGGCAAGUGAACAAACGCAAGGUUGCGGCUCAACAGGCGUAUCUCGAGAUGUGGAACAAUAUGCGGUCUGAGUCGGGACGCCCGAUCGACAUACUUCUCGUGCCAACUGUGGCGCACCCCGCGGUCCCCCAUGGCCGCGUCGCCCCCUGGACAGGCUACACGAAGCUUUUCAACUUUCUCGAUUAUCCCGCGUUGUCAUUCCCAGCAGGAAAAGUGGACAACGCAAUCGACGUUGAGCUGGAUCCAGGUUAUGUAGCACGCAAUGACGCUGAUGCUUGGUGUCAGGGUUUGUAUGAUCUUCAGACCAUGCAUGGCCACCAUAUCGGCAUACAGAUCGUAGGGCGCAAGUUUGAAGAAGAGAAGGUGCUGGGUGCUGCUCAACAGAUAGAGCGGGUACUUUCUGCGCCUGCAAUGUAA